ACUCGCUAGGUUUGCCGAACUAACUCCCCAAAGGGGACUUUCAAAAGAAGAAGUAGAAGAAUACAAAAAGUCCUUUCUGCCCUUUCCUUAUUUUUCUCUCUCUCGUAAUGGCGAGUUCUUCAAGAACAAAAUCUAGUGGACCAGUGCUGCGUUCUUCUUCUCUCUCACAUUCUAACAGCUUCUGUUCGUAUUCAACAUCAAACGCACCGUUUCACUCACCUUCGUCAAGCUUCUUCAACUCGCACGUGGCUUCCCGCUCCACUUCCCCGACACGUGUGAACCUAUUCCGCGCCGCGCCGCCUCCCUCGCAUUCGGUCCGGUUCGCCCUCGACCGGUCCAUCUCCCCGAACCGGAGCCACGUCAUCGCGAGGAAGCACCAGCAUCACCGCCACGUUACGGCUCAGAAGAAAACGUGCAUGUGUUCUCCGACGACGCAUCCCGGUUCGUUCCGGUGCAGCCUCCACAAGAACAAUAACCAGAACGCGCAAACCGGUUCGUUUCCGUCGAACCGGCUCAACAUGCGGCGGUCCGCGAUGAAGAACUCGCUCGUGAGAAUCGGUGGCGUCGAAGGCGAGUGGGUGAAACGCGCCCUCACUGCGCUGAUUCGUCCUUCGUCGCAUCAACAGCGGAGAAGAUCCGCGUUCGAACCGCGACCGAGUCGUCUUUCAAUCAUGUCAAAAGCUGAAGAAGAAGAAUGAAAUCUAUGAAUUGUUAUUAUUUGUUUCUCUCUCUCUCUCUCUCUUACAGGUUUUGAAUCGCCGGAACAUUCGCUUCUCCGCCGCCGGUAACGGAUUCUCUCCGAUUGCGUCGCCAGAGAAUUUGGAAGAUUUUGUUGGCGUAGAUUUAAGAGGCUGGACUCUGGACUCGGAGAAUUGGUUAUUGUACAUAACAUUUGCUAUGGAAGGAGAAUUUUUUUGGACAGUUUUACUUUUUGAUUAAAAUUCAAUUCGAAAAAAAGAUAAACCCUAGAAAAUUAAAGGAUAACCAGAAUCUUAAUUCAUUUUAUUUGUGAAAUUUUGAUCUUCAGAAUUCGAAUUUACGAGUGUGGAUUGAUGAGUUUGUUGUUCUUGCCGUUAACGUUCCGUCGUUCGUUCGUUCGUUCGUUCGUCACGUCGUGUGGUGGUUUUGUUGCCGCCGUUGCCUCUCCGUUAUCUUUCGUCCAGUUGCUUUGCGUUUGGUGUAAGAUGUUUGGUGCCGGAGCUAUCCGAGACGGACGGGUUUCGUCUUUAAAAUAAGGAGGGUGCAGCUCACAUUUGACGUCUUUAAAAUAUUUUAGAGAAAAAAAGUGAAAAUAACAAAAAAUGAUAAGAAAAGAUUUUAACAAGAAUCUGAAAAUUUUAUUAAUUUUAAAAGUAAUUAUUUUGAAAUAAUUCAAAUUUAAAUAGUGAUUUGUAAUUAAAAUCCAAUAGAAAAUUAUUUUAUACUUUAUUAAUCUCUUAAUAUAUUACACACAUAAAAUUACUGGAAAAAAUUUUAAGUUCAAUUUUAUAUAAUAUACUAUUGAAAAAAAUUUAAAUGUGAUUAAAUUUUAGAAAAUUAGUGUGAUAAUAGGUUGAAAGAACUGAAAUCUUUGAGAAUAAAUAUAGCGAGAUCUUAUUCACAAGUCAAAUGAUAGUUAAAAUAAAGUGAUCAAUAUUGGAAAGAUUGAGUUGAAUAUCACAAAAAUCUUUUCAUGAGAUAAAACCAGCUAUAUUGAAUAUUACAAUAAUCUUUUCAUGAGAUGAAGACAGCUAGGUGCCGUAUGAUGUGAUUCAUUGUAAUUAAAAUUGCAAUUAUUAUGCAAUACGACUCAAGUUAGAAAAAGUGACCAUUGGUGGCUUUGUGAAAAUUUCAGCCGAUGGUAAUCUGAAAAGUACACUCAAUCGAAUUAUGUUAAUUAAAUUAUUUAUUUCAAGUGAUGUUGAAAAUGCUGCCUUAAAAAUUUCAUAAUUUUAUUGAAAUUUACUAACUAUUUUGCUGCAGGAAUUUUUCCAGUUCACGUGAAAUGUACAAUAUUAUUGAAUUCUAGAAAACAAAAAUGAGGUAGUAAAAAAAGAAAUAGAUGACAUUUUUACUUUGGUUUUUAUGAAAAAAUAGAUGCCAUUUAUACUUGAAAAAUGCAAUAGACAAAUACUACAUGAUUCUUCUA